UGAUAAAUUUUUUUUUCAAAUCGACCAAAAAAAUGGGCAAAAAAGUGUUGUAAAAAACUAGAAUUUUGAUAGCAAUUUCAAAUUCAAAGAUCUAAAAUGUUAUAAAUUUUACACUCGAGAUAAUAAUUUAGUGCUUAGUUAGUGUGAGUUGUUUGUACGCUUAAUUUAGCUAUAAUUUUAUACGAUGCUAUAUGAAACAGGAGCGAAAUUCUACACAACUUGUUCGGUGUUGAGUAAUUGUUUCUUCGAUAAAGGAAAAGUGCUGUUAGCUAAACAUAAAAGCAGCGGUUCGCUGGUAGCCAUAAAGCAUUUCAACCUGGAGGAGAUCUCUCAAGAACAAUAUGACUUACUUAUCAACGAAAUAUUCUACAUGCGUCAAUUAAAACACCCUAACGUAAUAUCAUGUUUGACUUCAUAUGUAAUUAAUUUUGAUCUCUACGUAAUAUCACCUCUGAUGAACUUCACAUCUUGCCACGACCUAAUAUCGACCCAGUUCCAAGAAGGUCUAUCGGAAAUCGUCAUUUCGUACGUAUUACGAGACGUCCUACGAGCGUUGGAUUAUAUCCACAGCAAAGGAUACAUUCAUCGUGCCAUUAGAGCUCGCCAUAUCCUGGUUCAUGCCGACGGACACGCUUGUCUAUCCGGUCUACGAUUCAUGUACCCGAUACCCAAAGAAGGAGCCAAGGUGUAUAAUUUCCCUUUACACGCUGCUCACAAUUUGAACUGGUUGAGUCCGGAGCUAUUGGGCCAGAAUUCCGAAGGGUAUACCGAGAAAUCAGACGUGUACAGUGUCGGAGUUACUGCUUGCGAGUUAGCUAACGGAAUCGUGCCUUUUGCUGAAACUUCUACUACGUUAAUGUUGACUGAAAAAGUACGAGGUGUGACGCCUCAAUUGAUAGACUGUACUACGUGGUUCCUAUACGAAGAUAGCGCACAAAAUAAAGAAGAUAUGCAAUACGAUAGUCAAGAUAUUAUCGAAAGCAGUCCGCAAAUGAAACGAGUUAAUCGCAAAUUUACCGAAUCGUUUCACGCGUUUGUAGAAUUAUGUAGUCACAUAAACGUGGCCGUUAGGCCGUCACCUAAGCAGUUAUUAAAUCAUUCAUUUUUCAAGCAAAUUCGAAGAACCAAUGUUAACCUACCUGAAUUAUUAUUGCCGGCUGUGCCUUAUACCGAAUCCAAUAUCACCGAACUAAACGAAGACGUAGCUGUAAUAGAUGAUUUAACUUAUAAUUUUCACGAUAUAAACGUGUGUCAGAAAGAAUGGGAUUUUUCCUGAAAUUAUUCUACAUGGUUGUACGACUUUCAUAUUUUUACCCGUUGAAGCGAAUAUAUUAUUUUAUGAUGAUAUUUUGUGUAUUUUAUUUUCCUCUUUUUGUUACUCUCCUCUUUUUUUUUCUUCUCGAUUUUUACGAACUAUUUGUUUCACUUUUUCAUGUUAUUUAUUAUUAUGAUUUUUUUUUUCAAAUAUAUGUGCUGAUGUUUGUGAUUUUAAU